GAGUUGUGAUUUAGUGGCGCGUGCUGGAUUUGCUUUGGUUUAAAAACUAGAAACAUAACGGUUUUCGAUUGUUCAGCUAGCGGCACACUAGUGUACUGAGAUGGAAAACUCCAAUGAUGGACAAAGGAAGAUUUUUAGAGCAAAGAAGACCAUGCCACUAAGUUGCCGUAAACAAGUCAAUCUUUUGAUGAGAAUUAAAGAAAGUAAAUCUAAGGGUUUACAAAAAUCAGAGGGUGGGAAUGCCAUGGCUAAACCCAGCCCUGGAAAUGCCAUGGCUAAACCCAGCCCUGGAAAUGACAUGAAGAAGCCCCCAAGAAUGCCAGGUUCAGAUUGCAGCUGUCACAAAAUAUUUCAAGGUUUGGAAAACCUUGAGGCUCGAUAUGAUUUGGGACUGGGGUCGAAAUCGAUCAAAAUGGAAAAAGCCCAUGAUGUGAGCAUUGGCACUGCUGCGGAUACUACUGCGAGGCAGGCUCCCGGAUCAAGUCAAAUAGCAGUUUCUGCAAAUAAAUCUUAUCAUGCUCUUGGUCCAGAGUGCAUGAGAUGGAAUGUGGGGGACGAGAACUCGGAUGCUAUGGCUAAGCGAAAAAGAAGCCUUUACGAAAGCGAACCGUGCAAACGUUUGAAGAUUUCGGCCAAUGACACGUCAGGAUUGGAAUCUGAGGAAUCGGAAGAAAACAGUAAAAUGUCCUUGGGAGAGGUUCGAGACAUGGUUAAGCAGGAAGCUUUUGCUCUCUUCAAACAGUUUGAUAUCAAGUUUGAAGAACUGACUGAAAGAGUUAAGAAGGUGGAAUGCAGCCCCAAACAUGAAGUGAUGGUCACAAAGUUGCAGGCACAAAUGUUCAAAAUAAAGAGGAGGUUGCAAGAGGCUUUGAUUUCUGUGAACAAAGUGGCUAGACCCAUGAAGCCCAAGAUUUCAACGGUAAUCGUGCUAGAUGAGAAUGUACCAGAGGCUUCCUCCGCUCAACCAUCAUUGCAACAAGCUCAGCAAUCCAGCACAGCAGCGACUCGGCCCCAUUCACUGGGUUCCUCAUCCUCGCCUUCUUCAGCAACUGUGCGAUCUGUCCAGGUCUCUCCGUGGGAGAAAACAGAUGGCCCCGACUGCGUUCUAGUGUCUAGCGCACCAAAAGCUGCAAGAGUUGCUUCAUCUUGCCGAAAUGAGACAAGUAUUCUAGGAACAGCAAGUGCACGAUCGUCAGUACCGGAGAAGGAAGUGGAAAGUGCUCAGAGCUCAGGGAGUGAAUCCGAAGAGAAUGCUGGGCAGAACAGACAGGUUUGCAUUAGUGAUGUGGAGAAAAUGAUUGACCUCACAACAGACGAUCAUGACGACCAACUCGCAGCAGUGAAUGAAAGCAGUGUCAGUGUUGCACGGGUUGGCCUGACACUCCGCUUACCAGCUAAGGAUUCUGUGAGUCCUACACGCACUUUGCCUCCGCUUCCUGAGACGGCUGUUCCUCCUGAUCUGCCUGCUGUAGCUGCCUCCUUUAAUAUGCCUCAGAAACCUGAGCUAAAAGUGGCGAAAAUUGAAAACCCCAAAGCAGUGGGCAUACUGUGGGAUCUGUCACAGAUUGACACCAGCGUUGCCUCAAUUCAGAGCUACUGUUUAUAUGUUCUUCAUGAGAAUGCUAAUGUUAGAAAAUUGCGCUGGAGGAGUAUGGGAUUCAUCAAAGCAAUACAGCUUCCAAUGUGUUGCAGGCUAACUAAGCUGAACCCUGGAAGGUAUCAUUUUGCAGUUGUAGGAAAGGAUAUUUAUGGACGGUACGGACCCUAUAGUGAUAUACAAUCUACUACAGUCAGUGCUGUUGACUGUUAGGGGUGUUUCAUUAUAUAUAUUUUAUUUAUGACGUGGGAGAUUCUGAACAUGCAUGGAGUAGAGUGGCUAUUCCAGUCUGUCACUGUGUGAAAUAAACACAGCCCUCCGUGUAACUUAAUGUAUGCAAGAAAGAAAAGUGUGUUUAACCCUGAAUUGGCAACAAGGUUUAAUUUGCAGUGCAGUUCACUCUGGUGGAUUUGAAUGCAUGCAAGAGCUAAGUGGGAGCCGGUAAAUGAUGUUCGCACUUCAGUAAUGAACAUGAACAAGUUUAAUCUCUUUCAGCAUAUAGAUAAAUGACAGCUUAUUUAUUGUUGGGUAGGAAAGAAAUUGGCUUAAUUGUAUGUUAGGUAAACAAGGUGCCUCCUCUUGCAGAAGCUGAUUUCAGACUGCCUGUUGUGUUUUUAACAAGUCUUGAAGUACUUCUGAUUUGGAGAAUCACAAACCAUUAUUUUUGACUGAUUUUGAUUGGAGAGUGAAAUGUGGUUUUUUUUUCCCUCUUAAUUAGUUGCAUAAAAAUAGGUCAAGAACAUACUUUUGUAUAAAUGGAAUAUUUACAGAAUGUUUUACAAGUAAUAAAUAAUACACUGGCACAAAUUAUUGUAUUUCAUGGUGCAGAUAAUCACUUUUUUUAAUAUAAGGAAUGUGAACUGUAGAGCUUAUGCAGUAAACUCGUUCCCAGACUUGUGUUUUAUUGUUUUAUUUUAAAUGUAUUUAGACAAAGGGUGAAAUUCACGAAGCCUUUUCAGUCAUCUUCAAACUGCUAAUGACGUUUUGAAGUGAAAGGCUUUGUGAAUUACUCCUGAGGUACAGAGUGUAUCAAUAACAAAGGUGUAUGCAUUUUAACAAUUUAAAUUGUGUAGUGUUGAGCUGUUGAGGUGUUUUUUAUUAUUUUUAUAAAUAAACAAUAUAUAUAUUG